CCGUGAAAGCGAAGAGGCAUUAUUAGAAAGGACACAACUUGUGGAUGUGUUGGAGAAAAAGCUUGAUGGGAAGAAUCAGGAGCUAGCGGAGUUAGUUGAAGAUUUGAGCGUCAUUGAGAUGGAAAAUGAAGAACUCAAGGACAAGCUUCUGGCUGAAAAACACGGAAUGAGAACCAAGGUCCGAAAUAUGACGGAAAAGCAUGAGGCAGAUUUUAAAAAACUCAACAGAAAACACAGGACUCAGCUCCGCAAAAUCCGUGAGAAACAUGCUGAAGAAACAUCACUGAAAGAUCAGUGCUAUGUACAACUUAACAAAGAUCUGCAACUUUUACAAUCUCAUGCCUGUGCACCUCUUGCAGAACAGGCAACUUGUUCUUUAAAUGAUUACACCAAACAGAAGAUUGGGGAACUGGAAGAACAAGUGAGGCUUAUGACGCAAGAGGCUGAAAAAUCAGAGGCCAGGUUCAUUACAAUGGAAGCUCAGUCCAAAUUGAAAAUCAAUCAGAUUGAAGAGGAGCUGGACAAUGUACAGAUUGUACCUUCUCGGCAGGAGCUGCUGGAGCUCAAAGAUAUAGCCGUUGACUUGGAAGAGGAGAACGAACAGUUACACCUGAAAUUGAACUGGCUACAACACGUCGAGGCACAAAAUGAGGAUCUUCAAGCAAAAUUGGAAGAAUAUGAAGAGCAACACCAGAACAUGCAAGCAGAUUUAGAACAAGCUACCAAGGGACAAACUUCCCAGACAAGUGAAUCUGAAUCUGCAGAGGAACUGCACAGCCGCCUGAUGAAGUGGCGAGAAACGGUUUAUAAGCCAACACCGAGCCAUGACAUCGAUGAGAGGAAUGUCAUGGAAUUAAGGAUGAGGCAACUUGAGGAAGAAAGAGAAGAUUUGAUCUCAGAACUGCAGGAGCUGGAGGAAGAACUGGGGGAACUUCAGAGACGAGGACAGGAUCAAGGAUGGACAAAGCAGACCACAGCUGGCCAAAAGCUUAUGGAAAAGGAAGAACUGGAAACCCUUCAGCAAACAACACAGCAGGAGCGCAGAGAGCAAGAUCCGUCCUCCUGCAAGAAUGAAUUGGCUGAGCUAAGGCAUGGACCUCUUCUUGUCAGACCUGCACCCAGGGAGCAAACCAUUGAAGUGGAAUCAAUCGAGGAAUGUGAAGAGGCUUUGGAGAUAGACCCCAGUGAACAGGUGGUGGUGGCACGGAAGGUGAAGAGUCGAGUGAAUUUCUUCAAGCGCUUAUUUACUACUCGAAAAUGA